AUCUGUCAAUUUAAUUGUCAUUUGUCAAAUCAAUCAAGCAGAGUUUGAUUUGAAUGAUGCCAGUGCCACUGUUGAAUUGUGUUUUUAUAUGUGAAAUCUAGGAAUUGACCAGAAUAUAAAAUGAAAUUAAUAAUUUUGAAAGUUAUUUUGUUGUAUAUGUUAGCGACGCCGACAAAUCUACAGCUUCUUAUCAAUGUUCGGAAUCAGGGUGGCGAUGUUAUGCAGGAGAACAUAACCGCGAACGUGUCGGAGGACACCAUCACCCUGGAGUUCAUGCGGCUGGACGGCGUGUUCGUGUCGCAGCUCGUCGACUUCACCAACGAAGUGGAGGCAAUGAAACUAAUAAUUCCUGGUGAGGAGGAGUUGGGUCAGACAGGCCACCAGACACUCUGCUUCCUCACACAUGCAGCUCAGGCUGAUUUCAUAGCUCCCGAUGCUAUGGCCAAGUUGCGACAGAAAAAUCCGGGCACCAUUCGUGUGGCAGAGGAGGAUAAAGGGUGGCGGCAGACGACGGCAAGCGCGUGGGCCGGGCGCGCGGCGCGGCUGCUGUCGGCGGCCGCCGCGCGCCACUGCGGCGCCGCGCCCGACCGCGCCAUGCUGCGCGCCGCCGACCUCGCGCGCUGGGCGCCCAGACCUGGCAUGGAUCAGUCGUCUUACGCGUCAGCAGUGACGCCGUUUCCUGCGCACGCGUUGGCGUCAGACUCCGCGGACGGCAAGCCUGCCGUUGGGCCGUGCGUCUCAGAGACUGACCAUACUAAAGAAUGUAUAUGUCACAUGGAGGUAUGCGUGAAUUGGUACCCUUGUGGCUUAAAAUACUGCAAGGGUAAGCCACAAGGAGGGCUGAGCUACAGAUGCGGCAUCAAGACUUGCCACCGAUGCUACCGGUACCACUUCUACGUGCGGCGGCGCGACGCGUGCCCGAGCUACACGUGACGGCGCGACCGCCGGCCGCCGCGCCGCCGCGCACUCUGCCAAACUUACCAUCUAGUCCUCAUAUUCAUCAUGUUCAUAUAUUUUUAUAAAGAACCUUUGUUCUGUGACUAAACUGUGACAAUACCAUGGAUCCAUUCUUGUAAAUAUUAUUUUGUAAAGCUAAUAACUAUACUUAAUUAAGUUUUAAGAAAUACACUUUGAAUACUAUUUA